CUGUUACCAGGACACGGCGUUUCCAGGCAACGGGGAGCUGUUUACUCUGUUCCAGUUAGUUUGUUCAUACUGUGUGUAACUCUGCCUCAGUGCCCUCGGCGUAUGGGCUGACUGCACAACAGCAAGCUGGCACCAAACCCUUCCACUACAGCCAGUUUACAUACCCUGAUUCUUUUAUGGAGCUCACGCAGCUCGGCCUCCGCACAGGUCAGUCACAGGUGGGCAGUCCCUGAUGACACGGUGGAUGGAAAAUCCUUGCUGCGCUCCAGCAAUCUAGGUCAGCGGCAGUGAUGUCAUCAUCCAGCUGGGGAGAGCCCGCUCGGAGGAGCGAGGAGUUUGCUGUGGAACAGCUGCGGGGUGAAGAACAGGACAGUGGGAAUGCUGAAGAUGGUGCAGAGGAGCGUGAGAAGGCCGGGGAUGGGGAGCAAGGUAGGCAGGAGGCGGAGCUGCAGCAGGUAGGUGAAGAUAAACAGCAGAACAGGAGAACAGAGACUCGGAGGAGAGGGCGGAAUACUCAAGGGAUGAAUGAAGAUCAUGUGACCCAGGCAGAUGGAGCUGCACCAGCCAUCUGUUUGGUUCAGAACUAUCAGAAAAGGAACAAGAGGUCGAGUACAAGGCAUCAGAAAGGCGCAGUGCAGAUGCACUCUCCACAGAGGAACAGGGAUGGAGACAAGCUUCCAGAAGAGCCACGAGGACCAGGGCCCUUCUUCUUUUCCGGAGGUGGAAACGGGGCCUCCAUAGUCAUUCCCUACUGUGAGAGCCUGGGCUGGCAGCGUAUUCAUGACAAGACUCGAGAAGACUACAAACUAAAGUGGUGUGAACUUAAAUCUUCACGCACUUACUACAGCUUCAGAGCAGGAGAGCAGUUGGUGUUCCAGAUACCCAACAACAAAAUCCUAACCACUAAAAUAGGCCUCCUCAACUGUCUACGAGAGUAUGAGAGGGUCAGCAGCAAGAUUAUCCACAGACCAGGAUUCAGGAGGAUGAAGAUGGAUGAGUUUUUCCCAGACACGUUCCGCAUGGAUGUGAAAGAUGAGAGGGAAGCUUUCUUUGCUCAGCAAGAGGGACUGAAUGCUGGGAAAGGGAAUAUGUGGAUCUGCAAACCAACAGGCCUGAACCAGGGGCGAGGUAUUUUCCUUCUACAAGAUCUGGAGGACAUCACAGCUCUGAGAGACAGAAUGGAGAAAGCAGGCAACCUACUGAACAAGAAGAUUCCUUUCCGUACACCACAAGCCCACAUCGUUCAACGGUACAUUCAGAACCCGUUGCUUCUCAGAGGAAAAAAGUUUGAUGUAAGAUCAUACUUCCUAAUCGCCUGCACCACACCAUACAUGGUGUUCUUUCGCCAUGGUUAUGUUCGACUGACCUGUGACCUUUACGACCCCAAUUCCAACAACCUCUCAGCACACCUGACCAACCAAUACAUGCAGAAGAAGAAUCCUCUCUACAGCAUAUUGAAGGAAGAAACAGUCUGGUCCAUGGAGCGCUUCAAUAACUACAUUAAUGAAAAGUUCAUGGAGCCCAAAGGUCUGCCGAUAGACUGGGUUCUGCGUGUUUUCGCUAAGCGAAUGCAGCAGAUUAUGAUGCAGUGCUUUCUGGCUGCCAAAGCUAAACUGGAGUGCAAACUGGGUUACUUUGAUCUGAUUGGCUGUGACUUCUUGAUUGAUGAGAACUUCAAGGUCUGGUUGCUUGAAAUGAACUGCAACCCUGCCCUUCAUACUAACUGUGAGGUGCUGAAGGACGUUGUCCCACAGACAGUCACUGAAACCUUGGACCUUGCCUUUGAGAUCUUUAAUAAAUCCCGCUGUGGGCUGAAGCUGUUGCCUCUGAGCAGCCAGAGAGACUUUGUACUGCUGUACUGUGGUGAGAGUGCAGGCAUACCUUCCACAACGCAAAGGAGCAGGACAGCAGGAGGCCCUAGGCCGGCCCACCACAAGAGCAGAUGCACCUCAAAGAAAACUAAUAAGGCUAGUACGGCAGCAAACAGAGAUCAUGUAGCCAAUCAGAGCACUGGGACCACAUUUUGCUCUGAAACCAUGGCCAAUUAUUUUGGACCUUCUCAAUUAGCCAAUUCCUUAUCUAUUGAGGAGUCAUUUGAGCCAAAACCACCUUCAAGCAAUGAAGAAUCUGGCAUAGCUACCUCAAAAACACCAACCAAUAUCACUUCCCACUCCACCUCCUCAGGCAUCACCCAGUCUGAUACCAGUGCCAUUUUAUGUUCACAACACCUCGCUGAGCCACAAACUAAGCAGAUCUCAGGAAAAACAGUCACAAUCCAGAAAAUUCUCAGUGCUAAACCUGUAGAAACGAGCCAAAGCCGCCCGCGCCCUAGCAGAGCCAGUCGGGUGGAACUGAGGCUCAACAAGUGCACUUGGCAGCAGUCCGGAAUGACCCCUGACCACAGGAUGCCGCCAGGACCAGCAAGGUCUAAGAGCACCAUUGUGUCUCUAUCCAGCCCUGCACUAAGUGAAGGCUCAAACUUAAGCCAGGGGCUUAAGACUCGAUCCGGUCAGCACGGACAGAGCGUUUACCUCAGGACGGAUGAAAUUGACUUGACCCAGUCACUGUCUUGCCAGCCGCUACGCUUGGAGAAGCAGGAAAUGUCUAUGAGCACAGAGAAGAGUCCAGCUGUAAAGACUAAGAGUGAACAUAAAUGACAAUACGCUGCUGUAUUGAAGUUAUAAGGUGCUCUCUUUUCUCUAAUAGAAGAUACAAAUGUGAAAUCAUUCUUGGAUUCGAACAAGCACUGUAUCAGUGCUUAUUGCUACCAUGUUUUUUUAUGUUAUUUGAUUGCAGACAGUAUAAACCCACAAUGUUUCCUUUUUUUAUCUGAGCAAACUAUUUUCGCACUAGGGUUGCAACUAAUGUUUAUUUUGGUAGUCGACUAAUCUGAUGUUUUUUUUUUUUUUUCGAUUAGUUGAUUAGUCAACGAUUAUUUAUGCCACGUCCUCCAUCUCUAGAAAGGGUAGAAACAGUUGAACAUGAGAUUUAAAAAGCAUUUAAAUAUCUGAAUGUUGUUUAAAUGUGUAAAGUACUGAUAUUUAAUAUGUUGUGUAUCUGUUGUGUUUGGGCACUUUUGGAGAAACAAACUAAGUUGAGGGUAACCUUUGUGAGUGAGCCAUUUACUCAUCUCCCAUUGCACUUCUGCAGCAUUUUGUGUAAUGCGGUACUGUUACAAAUUGACGAUUAGUUAACAAUGAAAUUUGUAGUCUGCAAAUUUAAAUAAUCAGCGUUAUCAAUUAUAUUGACUAAUUGUUGCAGCCCUAUUUCGCAUAUAAAGGUCUGCAUCCAUUCCAGCAUUCCAGGCCUGCAAUAUAUUUCUAGAAAAAGUUGUAUGCAUGUGUGCAGCAUGUGACUUUGCAUUGUUUUUUUGAAACAUGCACAGGUGUCCCCAGCAAAGAUAUCGUAUCGAAAGAAGAGUUGUUAAUAUUGUGACGGCGCCUCUGGGGAUAAGGCCGUAGUCACUGUGACCUGGCAGUCAGGAAGCACACAGAGAGACAGACACAGGGAUUGUGUGAAUUCAAACUAUACCUUUAUUUUGACAAAAUGCCCUUCACCACAGCAAAAACCAAACUCCAAUCAACAUUUUGCCCCAGCCCCAGGGGGGUCUAGUCACUUACCUUAAAGUUUAAGGGUCCGUUCUGCCUCAGCUUUCCUCUCACCUGUAGCGUCUCUCUCGAGUGAACGCUGAGGAUGUGUCUUUAUGCCGGUCCCAGCUGACUGCUCAAUCAGUCCUGAUGCAGACUAGCUGGGACUGGCAGGGGCUGCGAGUCUUGAUGUGGGGCGGACCCACAGCUCCCCCACCUUCGCACGUCACAAUAUACAUUCACUCCAUCAUUCCAAGGCCUUCAACACAUCCAAACUAAUUGGGACAGUGGCAGUUUAAGGCUAAACAUUAGGUAAGAAAUGCUAAACAAUGAUGUGAAUUCAAACAGUUGAUGUAAAAAUAUAUUUGUAAUCAUGAUUUGGUAUGAAAGCAGUAUCCAAGAAAAUGUACAGUUCUUGAACAAUCAGAGGAUUGAUCAGAAUUAUCUGCAGGCAUCUUCUACUACAGUUCAUAAUUUUAUUAAACAAUUAAAAAAAAUUAAACAAGUUUCAAUGUGUUAAGGGGGAGGGUGAAAGGCAGAGGCCUGGAAAUGUUAUGGUAUUAUAUUUUGUUGAUGCCCUUUAAAAAAAAAAAAAGGAAAUAUACACUUCUGUUAUGGCAGAAUAAAUGCAGAAAUAUGUGGCAUAUUUGUUACAAUUCUGCUUUUGAUACAACAUCUUUGCCAUCUUUGCCGAUAAUGCAUGUUUCAACAAGGCAAUGCAAAAUACAUGCUGCACAUACCACAAUUUUUUCUUAGAAUCUGAUGCAUACAUGUAAUAAAUUAAUGUAUGAAGACCUAUAUUAUCACAUGAAAUAGAUUUGGCCACACAAAACAUGCAAUAUCAUGGGUGCAUACUGUCUGCAAUAAUAAAAAGGCAAAUAAAAUGUUAAAAACACCGCAUUUAAAUGAAAGGACCAUUUUACUCAUUUAUUAUGCAAUAAAUGUGCCAACACUAAGACCAAAGUCAAGCCGUAGGUUCAGUUUGUGGUUUGGCAGCAUUCCUACCACUGGACGUGUUCUCCAGUCAACAGUGAAGAUGGGCCAGCAUAAUCACAUUGUACAUAAUGUGACAGGUCCCCCCCCCCUGUACAAGAAGGAGUAGAUUUGAGUGGUGACAAUAAAAAAAACUCCCAAUUUCUAACAUAUUCUAGACAACUUGACAGGCCAAUGAAGGUGGAAAAUUUACUCAUAGUGAAGGAACAGUGAGCUUACAUGGUACAGCCUUACCAAUCGCAUACUGUACUACAAAAGGUGUGAAUCUAAGCAUGAAAUUAGAAUUUAAAAAAAGAAACAUUCUCACACGCAGCACGGACAUUGUGCCUGUGAACACACGAACACAGACAGUCACACAAAUGACUCAUCUUGAUGCCCAGAAGGCAAGAUAGCAAUGCCAAUGGCAAUUUAUGCCCCUGCAUCAAAUCUACACCAUAGCCUAUAUGUAGUAGCGUGGCCUACACUAUAACUACACCAUGCAAAAAGCCUGACAUACAUCUUUCUAACUGUGAGUGGUACGCUGAGCAUUAUAAUCCCAUCUCCCUUUUCUGGUGUCAUUUACAGAGCAUUGAGCAUUAUAGACACACCAACGCAAAAAUAUAAACAGUGACUGGCAAUAAUACAUUAAAAUCCAUUGAUUUAAGCUCUUUAAGCUCCCUUUUCUAUUAGUUUCUAUAGAUCUAUUGUUUUAUUUAACCUGUAUAUUAAAAAAAGUUAAGCUGUUCAAUUCAAUUUAAUUCAAAUUUUAUUUGUCACAUGCAUAGUAAUACACUGAUGACUUUCAGUGAAAUGCUUGGAAUAACAGUUUACCCCCUUAAUAUUGCUAAAUUGAAUUUUUUUACUUUUGAACCACACAAUUUCAAAAUUCAAAAAUUCAAAUGUGCAAAAUGCAAAAGUAAAAAGAACAACAUACUAAGAUGUACAACGUAAAAACCAGCAAUAAAUAAAACAAACAAAGGUAAUCUAAGCAAAAGAUAAAAGUGUAGAAUUAACUUUAAAGUAUAAUUAUAAAUAGUAAAAAGUGCUUAAGAAUGUUAAACAGUGGGUCUGUUUAUAGUGUGUAAAGACAGAAAUGUUCAUAGAGAAUUUGUCCAUAGAAAGAAUUAUUAUAAUCUGCAAAUGUCCAUUUGUUCAUGAGUCCAUGACUCCAUGACAGAGACAAGGUGUGUGUGUGUAGCUGUGGGUUGGUGUGUGUAUACCAAUCUAUGUAUGGACCAGCUAGCUAAAUAAACGCAUUAUCAAAAUAAAAUAAACUCUCAAGAGUUAAAACCUUUCAUUUGAUCAUUUGCAUAUAGUUAAACCAAAAAAGUUUAAAAUACUGGUGCUGCAAUAAUCCAGGCAGAAAAAAAACACGGGCAAAGGCUUUGGGUCAGAUGCAAGAACGUCUAGCCACAUGGCUUGAACAGCUUUAAAUAGCACCAAACAGGAAGUGUUGUGAAUGCACAUCCUGCCAUUUUGAAGGGAAACCUGUCAAUAAAAAUCACCUAAACUAAACAAGUUCCUGCAGGGUACUCUCCACAUGUUAAUGGUUAUCUUUAAAGCCACCGCAUGGUGUAAUCAAUCAAUUAAUAAAGAUUUAUUUUAACCAACAUGUGUCUAUGAUUUAAAAGAGAUCUUUUAGAUACACAAUGUCCAUAUUUAGCUAUACUGUCAGAAAAUAGCUCUGUCACAGUUACUAAACCACCUGAGGGGGAUGGGUUCCCCUGAGUCUUGGUUCCUCCUAAGGUUUCUUCCUCCCCUUAAUGUAAGAGAGUUUUUCCUUGCCACUGUAUCUUCACAAUUAUUGGCAUCAAUAAGAUUCACUAAGAGGUGUGGACCUGUUUUUUCUCUGUAAAGCUGCUUUGUGGUAACUUUUGUUGUAAAAAGCGCUAUAGAAAUAAAAUUGAAUUUAAUUCAACUUAAUGUCAA